AUGAAUAUUUUGAAAGAAUCACUACUUUCCUCGUCGAAAAGCAACUCUUCAUCAACAAAAUCUCGGAAACUUCGACAAAACCAUUCGAGAAACAGCAGACUUAAUCAAGAUAACGAUCUUUCAUCCGAGGCUCUUCUAUCUCCCUUGGAAAAUGGCGAUCAUAGUAUUGAAUUAGGAUCAAUUGAUUCUGAUAACGAUGAUAAUAAUGAUGACAAAGCUCAGGCGCCCACUCGACAUCUUGUUCGUUCACGGCAUAGUGGUAAACAAUCAUCAAUACCAGUAGCACAUGGCGGUGGGUCAAUCGUUAUCAUUGAAAAGCCCAUUCGAGCCAAUGAAACUCUUCAAGCAUUUGCUAUCCGAUAUCGAGUGCCCGUUUCUCAAUUAAAACGUUUGAAUAAUUUACAAAAUGAUCAAGAUUUCUACGCUUUAAAAUAUUGUCGAGUGCCUGUGCGUCGUUUUGGUUUAUUGCAUGAAAUAUCCGACACACCAUCCACGAUCGUUGACCUAAAUGAACAAUCAACAACGAGUACAUCUUCAACACUUCUAACACACUUGUCUCAACACAAUCAUCAUGCUUUUCUCAAUGCCAUGGAUCAGGAUUUAGCAUCAAUGCGUGCAAAAGUUGAACAUUUAAUUGACACUCCUUCCGUGACAUUGAUUCCUAAUCAACCAAUCAAUCCAGUGGUCAUGAAAUCAACAAGGAAGCCUAAAACUGACUUCACUUGCGAUGGUGCUGAUUGUGGUUGUAAGUUUUGUCAUAUUAUUGGUGCUAUUAUUCUUAUUGCAUUACUUGUUCCUGUUAUAUACGUAUAUAUUUACAUCAAAUCGCCACUUACGAUUAUCGGACAUUUACCAGGCUGA